GCCAUCAUCGAAGUCGGCGGCUCGCAGCAGUUUGUUUCCGAAGGGCGCUUCUACGAGUGCCACUCGUUGAAGGGCGUCGAGCCGGGCUCGAAGAUUGCGUUCGAACGCGUGCUCGGAACGCACGACGGGAACGCGCCGAACUGGGGCCACCCGUACGUGAAGGGCGCGCGCGUCGAGGCGACGGUGUUGGAGAACUUUGACGCGAAGAAGGUGAUCGUUUUCAAGUACAGACCGAAGAAGCACUAUCGCAAGAAGAACGGUCAUCGCCAAUCCAUGACUCGUUUCCUCGUCACCAAGGUUGUCAAGGCGUAA